GGGGUUUUUGCCCUCUUUUCAGGUUUUACCCCUUUUCCCAUUUAUUAAGUAAGAAUGACCUGCAAAAAUUAAGAAGGGCGAAAUCAGAAUAUCAGAUGAGCUGCAAAAGUUCCAGCAAGCGAGUUUAGGUGUUGCAUCUCAUAAAAGAUGGCGACGGCCGGAGUUCAUCACAGCCUUCCCUUCUGCUCUCUCCGGCCACUCUGUCCAUCGCUGCUGCCGAGGCUUGCAUUCCAAGUGCACCGAUUCUCCAAUGUUUAUGUUUCCAUCCCAAGAGUUGCAACAAUUGUGAACGAAUCUCGCAGGAAACCGUCACCCUAUGAAUUCAAAGCAGUUUGCAGAAGCAAGGGCAAUAGUCGGAAAGAAGAGGCGUUCUUGGACCAAAACGGCGUCGUGCAAGACAUGGAUGCCUAUCUCGAUUCUCUCUCCCUUGAAUACGACUCCGUUUGGGACACCAAGCCCUCAUGGUGCCAGCCAUGGACGAUAGUAGUGACUGGUAUACUAGCCAUCACAGCUAGCUGGAUUGUUUUGCACUCUGGUUUAGUCACUGCUGUGGUUAUCACUUUAAUCUCUGCCUGGUGGUACAUCUUUCUAUACUCUUACCCCAAGGUUUAUGCAGAGAUGAUAGCCGCAAGAAAAGAGAGAGUAACAAAUGGGCUAGAAGAUACAUUUGGAGAAAGGAAGGGGCAGUGACAUCUCAGAAGUCAAAUCAAUAGCAAUUUCCUUAGACAAUCAAUUUGUACUUUUG